GUUGGUGCGGGCUCCUGCCUUGGCCGCACUUGGCCGCACUAGUGCUGCAGCGGUUUUUGUGUCCGGCUUGGGAUUUGCUUUGGUUGUGCGACUUUCCGCUGUGCUGCGCAGCGCAAGUCUCGGCCGGGAGCCGUGAGAUUAGGCGGCCAGCUCGACCCCCCCCCCCCCCGGAGCAAAGAGCGAGCGCGCCGGCGUGAGCGGCGGGUGUGAGGGCUGCGAAAGGGGAUUCGCCGCCGAGAUGCAGUUCCUGGAAGACCCCUCGGUCCUGACCAAAGAGAAGUUGAAGAGUGAGCUGGUCGCCAACAAUGUGACGCUCCCGGCCGGGGAGCAGCGCAAAGACGUGUACGUGCAGCUCUACCUGCAGCACCUUACGGCGCGCAACCGGCCGACGCUCGCGGGUGCCAACAGCAAGGGGCCCCCGGACUUCUCCAGCGACGAGGAGCGCGAGCCUACCCCGGUCCUCGGCUCCGGGGCCGCCGCCGCGGGCCGCAGCCGCGCCGCCGUCGGCAGGAAAGCCACAAAGAAAACAGAUAAACCCAGACUAGAAGAUAAAGAUGAUCUAGAUGUAACAGAGCUCACUAAUGAAGAGCUUCUCGAUCAGCUUGUGAAGUAUGGAGUGAACCCUGGUCCGAUCGUGGGAACAACCAGGAAACUAUAUGAGAAAAAGCUAUUGAAACUGAGGGAACAAGGAACAGAAUCUAGAUCUUCUACUCCUCUGCCAACAAUUUCUUCUUCAGUGGAAAAUACAAGACAGAAUGGAAGUAAUGACUCUGACAGAUACAGUGACAAUGAAGAAGACUCUAAAAUAGAGCUCAAGCUUGAGAAGAGAGAACCACUAAAGGGCAGAGCAAAGACUCCAGUAACACUCAAGCAAAGAAGAGUUGAGCACAAUCAGAGCUAUUCUCAAGCUGGAAUAACUGAGACUGAAUGGACAAGUGGAUCUUCAAAAGGCGGACCUCUGCAGGCAUUAACUAGGGAGUCUACAAGAGGGUCGAGACGCACUCCGAGGAAAAGGGUGGAAACUUCAGAACAUUUUCGUAUAGAUGGUGCAGUAAUUUCAGAGAGUACUCCCAUAGCUGAAACUAUAAUGGCUUCAAGCAACGAAACCUUAGUUGUCAAUAGGGUGACUGGAAAUUUCAAGCAUGCAGCUCCUAUUCUGCCAAUCACUGAAUUCUCAGACAUACCCAGAAGAACACCAAAGAAACCAUUGACAAGAGCUGAAGUGGGAGAAAAAACAGAGGAAAGAAGAGUAGAAAGGGAUAUUCUUAAGGAAAUGUUUCCCUUCGAAGCAUCUACACCAACGGGAAUUAGUGCUAGUUGCCGCAGACCAAUCAAAGGAGCGGCAGGCCGACCAUUAGAACUCAGUGAUUUCAGGAUGGAAGAAUCUUUUUCAUCUAAAUAUAUUCCUAAGUAUGUUCCUUUGGCAGAUGUCAAGUCAGAAAAGACAAAAAAGGGACGCUCCAUUCCCAUGUGGAUAAAAAUUUUGCUUUUUGUUGUUGUGGCCAUUUUUUUGUUUUUGGUCUACCAAGCUAUGGAAACCAACCAAGGAAAUCCAUUCUAUCAGUUUAUUUCUAAUAACUCUAAAAAUGCCAACUGAACAAUAUCUCUUUGGCACAUUCAACUUGGUCUCCUAUUUUUAAUAACUGUAUAAAGAAAACAUUUGCGUACAUUUCUUGACUCAAGAACAAAAAAAAUGUGAUUUCACCUCAAUAAAUGUAAUAUUCCAUUGAAAAGCAAACAAGAUAUAUAUAAAUGGACUUCAUUUAAUGUUUUGGACUUUGGACUAGGAGAUCACUUCGUGCCAUAUGAAUAAUCUUUUUUAGCUCUGGAACUUUUUUGUAGGCUUUAUUUUUUUAACGUGGACAUCUUAUUUCUUUUUUGAGAAAAAUUAUAUUGUUUUUGUGUAUUUGGGAAACAAGAAGGGCAAAACAUGGUGGUAUAAUGUGAAGCUAUACAUUUAAAUACUUUGAAUUCUUACAGAAAAGAUUUUAAGAAUUCUCUGCUGAAUAAAAACUAGAGAUGUGAAACAUGAAAUUCGGUAAGAGAAAAAGUAAUUUGGGAUUGUUCUUUUUGUAACUGCAACAAAGUUUGAUGGUGUUUAUGGGGGAAAGUAUAGCGAUAAUCUCCUGUAAUUUUAUCAAUUGUAAUGUUAUUGUAGCCCUAUUGUACUCACUUUUUAAAGUAUUUCUAGUAUCAUGAAUGUCCAACCCAUUUAGAUGCAGUUGAUUUUUAGCAGGGAUCUAUCAGUGUAACAUGUCCGUGCUUUGGAGAACUGUUACAGCUAUCCAUGUUUUUAAAAAACAGCCAUACAUGUUUUUAAAACCUGUUUAGCUGGCUAUAAGGCUAAAAUUGGAAGCUCGUAACUUUUUAUUUACAACAGAACAUUUAUUCUGUCAAUCCAAUUUGUUACCAAAAUAUUUUUUAGAUAAAUAAGUGUGUGUGUAUUUAGAAGUUAGAAAUUUUAAACACCCAUCUUAGGUUCCAUUUGGAUUCAUUAGUGAAUUAUCUUCUGUUACCAAAAACAAAUUUUGCCAAGUUUUUGUUUUUUUUGGGUUUUUUUGCACCAAAUUUCCCAACAUAAUUUGAUUUGAAAGUGUAAAAACCAUGUGCUUUUCAUUUUAAAUCACAUAGUGAACUUUUCUUGGAUACACAGGAUUUAUAAACUCUGAAAUUGAGGCGGGCAUUAUGAUUUUUGUUUACUCUUGAAAGGGUUAACUGUAUCUUUGUGAUUAAUUUUUUUAGCUAAAACUUACCUCACGUAUAACUUGGUUUGGUAAAGUAGGUAGGUAUUUGAAAUUUCCAUAGAAUCAAGUAAAACAAAAAUUUUGAACUUAAUCAUUGAGUUUCGACUUUACAGUCAUUGACCAUAAAGCACAUUAAAAAUGUAAGUUGUUUUUAAAUAUCAUCUGAAAUAAAAAGAUCCUUUUUAAAAAGGAAAAGCUAAAGAUGUAUAUUGAGACCAACACAGCAUUUUGAUUUGGAUCAGCCCUCAUCUGAUAAUUAGCUUGUAGAUAUUUUGUAGAUAUUUUUCGCUUACUUGGCCAUUGACUAGAAACAUUUAUAGUUCUGUUCCCUGCAAAGGCAAUGGGAAACUUACUCCUACAUCAGAAAUGCUUGCCUCUCUGAGUAAAAGUGUAUCUUUGAAAUGAGCCCCAGAGGGAGCACUUUUACUCAGCCUUGCCUUUCUACAGCGAUAACAGUCUACUUGUACUUUCUUUGUUUCCCAUAUUGUUUUCAAUCUUUUGUUUAUAAUUAGAAGUUGUAAGAAGCUGCAUUUAAUGUUCAGAAAUAUGGGAAAAGAAAGCAGACUUAAUAUGUAUGUAAGAUCAAUUUUCUAAUAGGAAAGAUAUGUUCCAAAAUAGCUAAGUAGGUCAAGAUAAAAACAUGUAGUCUUUUCUUUUUUUCGUUUAAUGUGUACUUAGUCUUUUGUCUGUGUCUGUUUUAUUCCACUAGAAUAAAUGUGUCCUUGAUGUAAAUGCAAAGCAUUUCUUCCUGAUUAAAAUUGUAGAUGUAGAUUUUACAAUAUAAUUCAGUAAUAAAAAUGUAAUUAACCUCUAGUUUUGUCAUUGCAAUAAAUACUUUCCAAAUAGGACAAA